AUGAUAUCUGCAUCACACCCGAGCCUGCAGACUGACUACUCGUCAGGUAGCUUCGUCGAAAAUCACCAGCUCAAUCUCUCAUCACAUUCCCGCAAGAUCCACCAUCCCAUCCCCCACCCCCCAACACACACACACAAGAAAUACGCCUUCCUCGAGGCCACUAUGAAGACCUCAUCCCUCCUCUGGCUCACCAGCCUCGCUGUCCUCACAAGCGGUGCUGCUCUCAGCAAGCGCGCCCAUGAGACGCCCGAGCAAUUCGCCGACAACACCGCCGCCUUCGUAAAACAAGGUCUAUGCCGCUCCUACAUCUCGGCGCACACCAAAACCGACGCCCAAAUCGACUCAACCUGCACCGAGACCUGCAACACGCAGCCGAGGCCAUGGGGUUGCCUGGGCAGCGCGCAGGGUUCAGGCAUCCCGACGGACCUCGACCCGGCCGGCGACGAGUGGAUCACGGGGAAGUGCUUGUGCGAGAUCCCACUCGCGGAAGAGAUCUUCGACCUCGUCGUGCAGGCGCUGCCCGUCCUGGGCCAGGCGCUCGAGGCCUUCGUAGACGUGCUGUGCGCGGCCUUCUUCAAUGUGCUGGCCGAGGUUGUGCUGGAUGUCAUCCCCGAAGUCAAGGCGGUGACGAGCGCGUGGAGUGCUGCUAUCAAGGGCGCGAAGACGUUUGCUGAGAACGGGCUCGAGGCUGUGGACUACCAGAAGUGGAUUGAAGAUGGGUGUGGAGACGGGCCUUGGGUUCAGAAUGUGAAUGAGAUAUUUGAUACCCUGUCGGGGGUGAAAGAUGACUUGGGCAAGAGCGCGGGAUGUCUGAAGAAGGGUGGGCUGUGUAGCUGA